AAAAAGGUUUCAACAACAAUAUGCUUCAAACCCUCAACCAACAACAACAACACAGAAGGGCCGAAAGCAGCCCAAAAUCUACAACUACUUUUGCAUCAUCAAAUAAUUCAAUUAUUGAUUCUGAUGCAGUCUCCAACAAGGUAAAUGAAUGGAUUGGUUCCUUCUCAACUUGGACUUCUUCCGUUCAAAAAUCCUUGGAGAAUACUUUCAAGCAAGAUGAAACAACCGCCACCACAACAACAACCCUUCCAACCACCAACAAGUCAAAGAAGGCACCACCAUCAUCAUCCGUUGUUACCUCUACCACCACCGCCAGUAACAAUGACUUUGUCAAUGUUGACUUGUCAUCAUCCAGCGCUGUGGUGAUGAAUAAUAACACGUUAAAAAAAUCCCAACCAACCACUCAAAGCCUUCAACCAGCUUCUACCACUGCUUCCUCACCAACACAAAACAAAAUGAUGGAAAAACGAUCACUGAUAAGAAAUCAAGACUUUUCCAGUGGAGAGGAAGAUGAAGAAUCACUUAUUGGAUCAUUGAAGAAGGGGUCAUCAUUUUUGAAGGCUUCCACUGCCGGAUCUUGGUUUGAUUCAACUUUCUCUAACAUCAAGACACAACUCUUCUCCGAAAAUAACAAACCAACUGAAGAAGAUGACGGACCAUUGGCCAAGUCAUUCUCUUCAAAGACCUCCUCGACUAAAUCUCCUUCUCCUGUAUCAUCAACACAAAAUAAUUUAUUGGACUCACUCUCUUCUACCUUUUCAUCCCUCAAAACUCAAACAAAUGACAAGUGGUCAUCAUUGACAUCUCAAUUCUUUGAAACUCAACCACCUAUUGAUGAAAAUGAUAAUUCUUUUAUUGGUAGACUUUCAAAGGACGUUGAUGGUAUGGUAACUUUAUCUGCCAAACAAAGAAUGUAUGGAUUCUUUAUGGCAUUAGGAUUUGGAUUGUUGUGUAUUCUGAUUGCACUUGGAUUUUUACCAUCCAUCUUAUUUGCUUCUGGUGCUUUUGCAUUCUUCUACACAUUUGGUAAUUUGUUAUGCCUUACAUCCACUUUAUUCCUUGUUGGACCAGCUGCACAACUCAAGAAUAUGUCAAAACCUGAAAGAGCUAUUCCAUCAGCACUUUUUGUUGGAUCAAUGAUAUUGACAUUGUUGUGUGUUUUCUUUAUGCCACUUGCCAUUUUUAUUAUCAUUUUGGUUAUUGUUCAAACAGUUAGUUUGGCUUGGUAUGUCGUUUCAUACAUACCAUUUGCUCAAUCAAUUCUAGGAAUGGUCUUCUCUUCAUUCAUGAAACUCUUCAAUUAAGAUAUAAAUAUUUAAUUCAUU